ACAAAAGAGCUCUGGCUGAGAUUUACCAAAACCAAAAAAGGAAUCCCCUUUUUUUCCCUUCUAUGAGUAUGAGACUGAUCCCUAUAAAUAAGACGAGUUCCAUCAGCAACGAACACACACAAUUCUUUUCUCUACUUUGUUUCUUUUUUCUUUUUCCUGAGUUUGCUUUGAUCCACAAUCUUAAUUUGCUGUUUGGAAAGACACUAUGGCAAGCAUUCGUGAAACGGUAGAGAGGGCAACACAGCAAGCCAAUCAAACAAUAGCCGUUGCUCAACGUCAAUUGAAGAAACUGGAAGACGCUUUGAAUUCGAUUGAAGAGGCCUCGAAUUGGAGCGAUCGUGAAUUAGACAGCUACCGUCCAAGGAUGCAUUGUUUAGCCAAGCUUCAACAGCUACCGUCGAAGGAUGAAUGUCUAGCUGAAAUCGCCACUUUGAAGAACCAAAUCGCUGACUUGGAGUUGAAGAAAGAAGCUGUCAAAACUGCUCAAGCUGACUUCCAAACCGGUAUGGAGGCUAACCAGUAUGUAUCAGUUUCACAAUCAACUGCCGAUCACCUUGAAACCGAUAACGAAAUUCUCACCGUUUUGAGAAACCAGACGAUCCAUCAAUCUCUUGAGGCUGCAAGGCAAGCCGCUCAAAUACAGAACAAUCUUCCGGAGGAGUUUAAGACCGUUCAAGAAGCCUUAUAUGUGCGAGGUACGACUUUAGAGACGAAGGAAUGGCUACGGAGACAGAGAAGGAAAGAGCUGGAAAAGAAGGUUCUAACCAUACAUGAAACUGAAAACAUGGUGACAGAGAUUGCAAAAAGUCAGCAACGCAAGACAACUUUGACUAAAGAACUGGAGGAUGCUGAGCAGCUAUCAAAAACCUCUCAGGAGCAGUACCAGAUAGAUAAACUUGAACUCAUAGAGAUAAAGAAGCAAGUUGAGGAACAAGCGAUUGAGUUGGAAUCGAUGUUGGAACUGUUAGCAUCUACUAAGCGAAAAGUGGACAGGAAACAAAAUAGAAUCGACUCCCUUACCAACAAUUUCAGAUGGAUAGAUGAUAAAAUCGUCGACAAAGAGGCCACGCAAAGGGAGGUUGAUGAAACCUAUGCAAAAAGUCAACUCUACCUCGCCCAGAUAAAGAGGGAUCUGUAUUACAAGAAGCAGGAAUUAACACAAAUACAGUUAGAUAUGAACGCCAACAUCAUCGAGCUCCGCGAAGCCAGCAAGUCAAUCGCCUCUGCUUCUACAAGAUUCUGAUUAAAGAAUUAUGAUUUCAUAUUUCUGUUGCAUUUUUAUUAUUAUUUCGUUUUUGCUCUGCUUUACAUUACUUGAGCUACACAUUUUAUCCUCGAUAACCCUAGCUGUUUUAAAUUCUUUUGUGCAACAGAAAAAACUGUUCAGUACCCUAGAUCCGUUACGCUGCGUUUUGCACAAUACAUGGGUGUGCUCAAGAAGCUUGUGCAAGGCCAAACUCUGACUAGACACUUUAACCAACAUCUGUGUGAAUCAGAGAUUCACUCUUCAAAUACAUAAAUAUUUAAGCUAACUUCAAUCACUUGGCAUUCAUUUAAAACAAGAAGCAGCUACGAUUUGUUACCUUAGCAGCAAUCAAUAGAUUCUCUGGCUUUAUAUCUCUGUGUAUUAGGUGCUUUCCAUGGCAAAAGAUGAGUGCUCUUGCCAAUGACGCAACAUACUGCAAAAUUGAAAACCAGUC